CGCCGCCGUGGCCAUAAGCACAUCUGCGCUGCUGCCACUACCGUGACGACACCCGCGAAACGACCCUUCCCGACCUCGCUCGACGCUCCCAAACGUGAAAGACGUUGGCCAAGUGCAUACAAAACCCACAAUCAGUCGCAGUCAAACCGAAUUUUGUUAAUACAUCAGCAGCGGCUGCAACAAACCAAAACAACAACAACAACUACAGAGCAAUAAGACCAGAGACCGCAGUUGAGUUCUCAGUUCUUUUUGGGGGGGCAUCUGCGAUGGGCAAGAAAGACAAGAACAAGGAACCGGCGGACGCUGCACCAGCUGGCGAUGCACCACCUGCUGGACCUCCAGCAGGCGAGGGAGGCGAUGGCGAGAUUGUGGGCGGACCACACAAUCCGCAGCAGAUUGCGGCACAGAAGCGUCUCCAGCAGACGCAGGCGCAGGUCGAUGAGGUCGUCGACAUUAUGCGCACCAACGUCGAGAAGGUGCUGGAGCGCGAUAGCAAGCUGUCGGAGUUGGACGAUCGUGCCGACGCCUUGCAGCAGGGCGCCUCCCAGUUUGAGCAGCAGGCGGGCAAGCUCAAGAGGAAAUUCUGGCUGCAGAACUUGAAGAUGAUGAUCAUCAUGGGCGUGAUUGGCCUGGUUGUCGUGGGCAUUAUUGCAAAUAAACUUGGACUCAUAGGCGGAGAGCAGCCACCGCAGUAUCCUCAGUAUCCACAGUACAUGCCGCCACCGCCGCCACAGCAGCAGCAGCCAGCCGCCGCCGGAGGACAGUCGGCGCUGGUCGAUGGAGGACACGGCACCGGAGCCGGUGCCGGGGCCAAUCCGGAGCAUGGCGGCGCAUAAGUAAUUCUGGACGGCAUUUACCUGUAAAAGCCAAGCAAAAAACGUUUCUUGAUUACACAAAAAUAUAAUCUGCAAGACCCCGAACAAAACCCAAAAGGAAAACUCAGUUAUGCUAGACAAAAAUCUCGAGAAUUGCAAAGAAGUCAAUAAUAAUUUCCACUUCAGAGGCGAACACAUGGAUAUGGAAAUGGUUUUAAGUAAAUGCAGUCAUAAUAUUAACACUAAAAUCUAAAAGACGCUCCGGACAAAAAUGAAGUUGUUGCUAAUUUGUUUAUGGUUACAUUAUUUCAUGCAUAAAAUGGUAUAGUAUAUAUAUAAAUAUAUAAAUAAAUAAAUAUAUGGUACUUGAAUAUUUACGAGUAACUCUAAAAAGCAAAAAAGAAACCACAACAACAACUAGUAAACUAUGCUACAUAUACAUAAAUGUAUAACUACGACUAUAUUGUACUUAACAUCUUCUCGAUGAUGCUGCUGGCCUGUGCCAGUGCCAGCUCGAGGACCGAUGACAGCAGCUCUUUGAACUCAGUUUCCUUAGCAAAUCUACGUACUAGUAUCGCAAAUAUUUUCGGAACAAAGCCCUAAAAACUCCCGAGAAAGCGUUGCAAGAACAAGAAAGAACGAAACCAAAUCUAAGCUUUUGUUCCUAAGUAAAAGUUACGCAAAAUAUAAAUAUUUGAAGUGUAUAAUCCAAAACAAAACAAAACGAGAAGAAAAAGAAAGGCCAGAGACAGCUAACAACCAAGUUGGGCGAAGCGACUAUAUACUCGUAUAUAUAAACAAUUGACAAUUGAUUAAUGUAUUGUAUUCAUAAAAACAAAAUUACAAAAAAUUAUUGAAUGGAAAAGCUAGCAGAAAGUGAACAAAACCCGAAGAGAAGAAAGGAAAUGAUACUAGUGAAAAUAUACAAAAAGGAAAAUGAAAACAAAACCAAAGAAUUGAUUAGUUUGCAGUUAACUGUUUUCGUUUAAUUAUUGUUGUGUUUGAAAUACAAAAAUAAAAAAGAAAGAGACAAGAUCGAGGAUCGAGAGGGAUUCGGUUGAAGGCUAAAACCAGACAGUUCAACGAUUAAAUUAAGCGCUAGACACACAAUAUGUUGGUUAUGAUCAGUUUUUAGUUGACAGAAAGCAGCAGGCAAGACGGAAGUCGCAUAAUGUAUGUAUAUUUCAAUGUUAUAAGUAAUAGACGAGAGGAUACAACAUAGAGCCUAUAUAAAUGCAAAUAUAUAUAUAUGUAUAUCUGUGUGUAUGUGUAACGUGUAACGAUAUGAUAUUUAGAUCUCACACACUUCCACUUCCACUCAAACUCCACUCCACAGAGACACCCCAACCCAGCCCAGAAGCAACCUCAGACCCAUUCCGAUCGAGUAGUAGUAAACCCCACUUUGAGACAAACAUUCUUAGCACAUAUUGUACUUACCUUGUUCUAAAAAAUACAAAAAGUAUAUUAAAAAAACAAAAAACAAUUAAUGUAUUAACUAAAUUAAUUGAUUCAACAAGCGCCUGCCCAAAGUGCUUUGCCUACUGACAAAAAUGAGGCACAAACAAAAUCGAAAAGAAAACCUACUAAAAGAAAGAAAAACGAACAC